UGUCUUUGGCAUUUCCUCCUAUUGGGUCUCACAGUGCCUGCAACUCAGGUGGCUGUGAUGGAGGUCGCAGGGUCAGAUUCCGAUGGGAGAGAAUUCAGGAACGCAGAGGAGAUGUGGAGAGAAGAAAUCGGAGAAGGAGAUCAACAGAAGAAGACUGAGUGGUAUCAGAAAGGCGUCGGGUACUGGGAAGGUGUUGAGGCAUCUGUAGAUGGAGUAUUGGGGGGAUAUGGACAUGUUAAUGAUUCAGAUAUUAAGGGUAGUGAAGCCUUUCUCAAGACUCUAUUGUUUGAUUUCUUUGGUGCUGAUCUAAGGAAUCGUCAUCUCGUCGCUCUUGAUUGUGGUUCUGGAAUAGGAAGAGUCACUAAGAAUCUUCUUCUAAGAUAUUUUAAUGAGGUUGAUCUUGUUGAGCCUGUAUCACAUUUUCUGGAAGCUGCUCGUGAAAGUUUGACUCCUGAGAAUGGUACAGUCUCGGAUAUGCACAAGGUUUCCAACUUCUAUUGCCUCCCACUUCAGGAAUUCACUCCAGAAGCAGGAAGAUAUGAUGUUAUAUGGGUCCAGUGGUGUAUUGGGCAGCUUGCAGAUGAUGAUUUUGUAUCAUUCUUUAAAAAAGCAAUGGCUGGUCUGAAACCUGGUGGUUUUUUGGUCCUGAAGGAGAACAUUGCAAAAUCUGGAUUUGUGCUGGACAAGGAUGACAGAAGCAUUACAAGGUCUGAUUUAUACUUCAAGGAGCUCUUCAAUCGAUGUGGUCUGCAUCUCUACAAGUCAAAGGAUCAAAAGGGAUUCCCGGAGGAAUUAUUUGCGGUGAAGAUGUAUGCACUAACCACUGACAUGCCAAAGAAACAUAGCAGACCCAGAAUGCAUUCACAUAAACCUGCCAUCAUCAAGGGAUGAAGUUGUUCUCCAAGAAUCCAAGAGAUAGAGAUGAACUAUCAUUGGGUAGUCAAUGAAGGGCAGAACAAGGUUCAUGUGUGUACUGCAAUAGUUCAGAUAAGGCUUAGUUGACUUUACUCCUGUCUUCUGUACCAUCUCAAAUUGGUGGUUUAACCAACUUGUAAAAUUAGUGUACAUACAUUGAUUUAGUUUCCCUAAAAAGCUUCAUUUAUCUAAUUUAU